AUGCGCGCGUGCCACGCGGCAGUACUCGCGCUGCCGGUGGUACUGGUACUGCUGGCGCCCCCUUCUGCGUCUGCGCACCGAAGCCCCGACGACUUCGACUUCGACGCCGACGACGACCUCGAGGUGGAGUUCGAGGGUGACGGCGUGUUCGAUGGGGGCGAUAGGGGCCGAGAAGCGACGGCGUAUGUAGGAAGGGCGUUCCGGCUAGCCGUGCCCAGGGCGGGGGUGGGGGUGGGCGAGAGGGGGUUCGAGGCGAAGCGCCAACCACCUGGAACCGCCCUCCCGCCGUGGCUACUCUUCGACCGGACGGACGGCAUUUUCUGGGGUGCCCCCCUUCUCCGAGACUCCGGCAAUUUGCGCCUGUCAAUCAAGCCAGCGGGCGCCACCGGCGAACCGUACGACGUCAAGAUAACGGUGGCUGAAGAGCUGCCAGACACCGCCGAAAAGUGCCCCGAAAACGAGGACGUCACCGUUCUGACGCUGCUGUUCGACAAACAAGCGGAAGCGAUCAAGCCCAAGCAGCGGGUGAUGGCUAUCCACAACGUCGCCAAGUUUUUCGGACUGCCCUACAGUGCCUUCACUUUGGAACCCCAGCUAGCCGAGGACGACAUCAACGACAGCUCGGUGAUCUUAGCGGGCCCCGGCAACUUAGCGUCCCGGAUCUCCAAGGCCACCACCACGCUCAAGGUCGCAGUAGGCUGCGACGGGCGAUUGCGAGUGGCUACCGCUCCGACGGUGCGUCAACUCAAGAGGCAAGCGAGGGACGGCACGAUAUCCGAGGUGGCGGGGUUGCCGCUGAUUGGCUGGCGGGUCAAGACGGAGACGAGAGAGGUAGUGGGGACGAAUAGGGAGAAGAGAGAUGUGAAGACGAGCAGGGAGAAGAGAGAGGUAUGGGUGCCGGCUGACGAGGAUGGGGAUGGAAGCGGAGACUACGAUGAAGAAGAUGAAUACUACGACGACUACGAAAAUUACGACGACGAUGAUCUAGGAGCCGUAGAAAAAGUUCCCCCUUCUCCGGAAAUACCGGUGACGUUGCCCCCAAAAAAGACCACAACUACAACAUCAACUACUAGUACCACUACCACCACUACCACGAGUACCACUACUACGACCGAAACUCCUACUCAUCCUCACAGGCAUCAUCAUGGAGAGAACAAUCUGAGCCUGCCAGUCCACCACCCAACCACCCACAAAGACCCACACAUCCCCAUCACCUUCCCUCCACCGACCACCCCACAACAACCCCCCAAACUUCCCCCCACCACCACCACAACCCCCAAACCACCCCCAACUCCCCCAAAAACCCCCGUGAAACCGGGCGACGUGCUCAGCUACGAAGACCCCUACGACUACGACUACGACGAUGAGGACGACUACGGCGAAGGCCCUGUAGAAAGCGAGACCGUAGUGCCGGAAGUCACCGGCAAAAAUAAAGAGCAGACCUUCGUGCCCGCUUUCGAGGACACCGAGAGCAUGACAACAGAAGAGAUUACUUCGGAGACGUCCAAAGCUACGUACGUAGCGAGUAGGCCGACUACGACUAGCACUACGACUACGACUACCGCCGCGCCGACGACUACGACGAUGGCUGCCACUACGACUGCUUCGACUGGCAGGCCUACUACUACUACUACUACUGGGACUGGAGUGAGCGGUACUGAGGCUUCGAUCGCCGUCGAGGUCACAGCAGAAGAUGAGAUCACUACAGAAACUGAAAGACCUACAACCAUCGUUCCUGAAUUGACCCACCCAACGGAAACUAGUACCCCUGCCACAACCACUACCGUUACUACAAACACCACGCCAGAACUGUUAGUACCAUCUCCGACUACUACAACUACAACUGCUGCCACUACAACCACAACUGAAGUCUACACCACCAAAGAAGAAACUACUCCCACCACGAUGCGAACCACCCCUCCUACUACAAAACCGAGCACCACCACCACAACUACCACCACCACCACCACCGAGCAAGUCGAGUACCACGACAAUUUCGACCCCAUAGUGUUGAACAGGCUGAAACAGAUGUCCGUGACGGCAGGCAAAGUCUUCAGAUUCGUCAUUCCCCCAGACACUUUCAGCGAUUUCGAAGACGAAUACGCCAUGACCUAUCAGAUACUGGACGCGAACGAAAGGACAGUCACCAACAACACUUGGUUGACCUUCAAUCCUACCAGAAGAGAAAUUUAUGGUUUACCCCUUGAAGAAGACAUCUCCAAAUGGGUGUUCUGGGUACAAGCGACAGACGGUGAUGGUGGCUCUGCCAAAGACAAGCUCAACAUCCAGGUUCAACAGCACAAACUAGACCUAGUCGUCAACCACGAGUUCAGCCUACACAUCAGAAUCGAGAAGCAGCAGGAGUUCCCGCACUACGUCGAUUGGUCUUUGAAAGUUUUGAGAGCACUCGGCAAGAUUUACAACACUAAUAUGUCAGAGAUCACUGUGAGGAGGAUCAAUUUCACCAGUGAGCUAGCCAUAUUCACUUGGAGCAAUGAUUCCAUAUCCGUACCAACGAAUUUCUGCCCAAAAACUGACAUAGAGGAUCUAUUCAAGACUUUGACAGCCAAUGAUAUGGGAGACCCUUCCAAGGAACUGAACAUGGCCCUGGCCCCAGAAUUAAGAGUGAAAAAGGUGACUUACCGAGAAAUAGGAGUCUGCGAGCAACCCAUGACACCAGUAACACCACCUGUAAACUUCUCACCGAUUCUCAGGAACCCCAUCGAUACAGUCAAUGCCACUGUAGGAGAAUUGCUAGUUUUCAAAGUCAGAGAUGACACUUUCUAUGACCCAGAAGACGUCGACCCUAGAAUGCUGAACAUAUCGCUGCUCACCAAAGACAGGCAACCUCUACCCUCGCACAACUGGCUGCAGUUCGACAACAAAAACCGCGAAUUUUUCGGCAUACCUCGCAAAGACGGCACCACCGAAUACCACUUGGUGUGCACUGACAGCGGAGGCCUACCGGUAACGGACAGCUUGGAAGUGGUAGUCACACCGCCAGACAAAAAGGCUUACAACGUCGAAUUCAGCAUGAACGUCAACAUCCAAUCGGACGAGUACAUUACGCACGAGAUGUUCGUGAACAAUGCGGUGUUGCAGAAAAAGAUGGUCGACAAAUUGAUGCUCUUAUUUGGAGAAGCGACUCCGUCAAACUUCCAUUUUCCGCCGUUCAGGAAAAGCGAAGAUUCCACAAUCGUCACGUGGUUCAACAAAUCUCUCCCAGUGCACAGGUGCCCUUUCGAAGAAAUCAAGCGGCUUGAAAGUAUCGUACACAACUUGAAUGACAGAUCGAUCUCGCACAGGGUCCACGCCAUCAUGGAACCGGAAUUCCGCGUGUCCACCAUAAAAGUGAACUUGAUGGGCAGCUGCAGGCCAAAGAAACCGAAAGAUAGCAGACCCGAAGAAGGUGUGCCGAUCGAAGAAACGACACCCCGAUCGAGCAACGACGAGUACCUCAUUACCUUCAUAGUACCGGCUGUUAUCAUCGCCAUCAUGCUUGUCUUGGCAGCCGUGGCUGCCAUCAUAAUGUACAGAAGAAGACGCAUGGGCAAAAUGAACGUGGAAGAAGACGGGAGACAGAGCUACGGUAACAAAGGUAUACCGGUAAUAUUCCAAGAGGAACUGGAAGAGAAGCCAGAACCAGGCACGAAAGCUCCCGUGAUCCUCAAGGACGAAAAGCCGCCGCUGGCACCGCCAGAGUACAGCAAGAGCGGCUCCGUCAAACUGAGCGACGACUCGGAGCCCUAUCAGCCGCCUCCGCCUUUUACUCGCACCCAGGACAACGGAAGACAGCCCAGACCAAAGCCCACCCCUACAUAUAGGAAACCGCCCCCUUACGUGCCGCCCUAA